UUCCAUAUCUCCUGUGUAUUUUUUUUAGGGGUGUGGUGUGUGUGUGUGUGUGUGUGCGCGUGUGUUUAAAAGACAAGAGGAGUGUUUGUGACCUUGCAGUAUAGAGGACUGUUAACCUCCCUAGGAUGUGUAAGUUGUUAGUGGUGAUCUCAGUGCUGGUGGCACUCUGCUCUCUAGGGAGUGUGGAUUCUUCAGCUUAUGACAAGAUAGUCACCCACAGUCGCAUACGGGCCAGGAAAGAAGGACCCAAUGUGUGCGCUCUGCAGCAGGUCCAGGGGACUAAAAAGAAAUACUUCAGCACAUGUAGGAACUGGUACAAAGGCUCCAUCUGUGGAAAGAAAACCUUGGUCCUAUAUGAAUGCUGUCCUGGGUACAUUAAGCUGGAGGGCAUGAGAGGAUGCCCUGCAGUGGCUCCCAUUGACCAUGUCUAUGGUACGCUGGGACUCGUAAAGGCUACAACCACACAGCAAUAUUCUGACAUGUCCAAGCUGAGAGAGGAAAUUGAAGGCAACGGCUCCUUCACCAUGUUUGCACCUAGUAAUGAAGCCUGGGAGCAGGUGGAAUCUGAUGUACGGUCUGCACUGGUGAGCAACGUGAACAUCGAGCUGUACAAUGCUCUUCACUUCCACAUGGUGAACCGCCGUCUUUUGACCAAAGACAUGAAGAACGACAUGACUGUCACUUCCAUGUACAAUGACCUGGGGAUCUACAUCAACCACUACUCAAAUGGGAUUGUAACAGUAAACUGUGCCAGGAUCAUCCAUGGUAAUCAGGUGGCCACAAAUGGUGUGGUGCAUGUCAUUGAUCGGGUCAUCAGAGGUGUGGCCAACAACAUCAAGGAUGUCCUGGAUGUCACCGAUGAGCUCUCCUCCUUCAAAGCGGCGGCAUUGACUUCUGGUCUGAUGGACAAGCUGGACCAGCCUGGCCACUAUACUCUGUUUGCUCCCACUGAUGAAGCCUUUGACAAAUUGAGCCCAGGCUACAUUGAGCGUAUCAUGGGAGACAAGGAUGUUACUGCAGCCCUGGUGAAAUACCACCUGUUGAAGAGUGUCCAGUGUUCUGAAGCAAUCAUGGCAGGGUCAGAGUAUGAGACCGCAGAGGGCAGCACCAUAGAGAUCGGCUGUGAUGGCGAUAGUUUGACAGUCAAUGGAAUCAAGAUGGUGCUGAAGAAGGACAUUGUCACCACUAAUGGUGUCAUCCACUUCAUUGACCGGGUGCUCAUCCCUGACUCAGCCAAGGAUGGAUUGGAGCUAAUGGGAGACUCCCAGAGCACGUUCACUGACAUGGUGUCCGAAUUGGGCUUAGCCGCUGCCAUGGGUCCGAAAACAGAGUACACACUCCUUGCUCCCGUCAACACUGCCUUCACUAACGAGGUGAUGUCAACAGACCAGAGCCUGCUGAGAUACAUUUUGGAAAACCAUAUCUUGAAGCUGAAAGUUACACUGAGUGAGCUCUACAAUGGACAGCUUCUGGAAACACUGGCUGGAAAACUGCUCCGAGUCUUCAUUUACCGCACUGCCGUGUGCAUAGAAAAUGCAUGUAUGGUACGUGGCAGUAAAGAAGGAAGCAAAAGUGCCCUCCAUGUUAUGAAGUCCAUCAUCAAACCGGCCGAGAAAACGAUCUACGAGCUUCUGAUUGCUGAUGGACGGUUCAAGAUUUUCCUGUCGCUAAUGGAGACAGCAGGUCUGACUAAUCUACUGAAGCAGGAAGGCUCCUACACCAUCUUUGCACCAACUGACGAUGCCUUUGGUGACCUCAGUAAAGAGGACUUGGCUCUGCUCAAAAGUGAUCUGAAUGCUUUAAGGAUCAUUCUGCUCUACCACUUCAGUAAUGGCAUCUUCAUCAAUGGAGGAUUAGAGGGAGGAGUUACCAACUUGCUCAAAACCCUCCAGGGCAACAACCUGCAAGUUAUUUCUGUAAACAACUCCAUUCAUGUCAACUCUGUGGAUGUGCCGGACAGUGACCUGAUGGCAACAAACGGUGUAAUCCAUGUGGUUAAGAAUGUUCUCUAUCCUGCGGACCUUCCUGUGGGCCGCCAGGAUCUCCUGGUCCUCCUGAAGAAGCUGAUUAAGUACAUCCAGAUAAAGUUUGUUUCUGGAUUUUCUUAUGCUGAGAUCCCACUCACCUUCAUCAAGAGGACCAUCACAACCACACAUUAUGUUGACACAGUCCCUGAUGUAACAAAGGUGACCAGAGUCAUUGGGGGAGACCCAUCUGUCACCAAGGUGACCAGAGUCAUUGAAGGACAGCCUACCUUUACCAAGAUUACAAGAGUCACCGAGACAGAACCAAUAGUCACUAAGGUCGUUGUCAAGGGGGAGCCUGUGAUCACCAAGGUAACCAGGGUCAUCGAGGGACAACCUUCACUCACAAAAGUAACCAGAGUCAUCGAGGGAGGACCUUCCAUCACAAAAGUAACCAGAGUCAUUGAAGGACAGCCUACCAAUACCAAGAUUACAAGAGUUAUUGAGGGUGGAGAUCCUGAUGCAGAUGGAAACGCAGGUGGAGCCAGAUACACCACAGCGAACGAGCCUUUUAUCAUUGAGGGCCCAGACUUCUCUAAGAUCACCACCAUCCACGGCGACCCAAAUCUGAUCGAUGAGGAAUCAGAGCGAAUUACCAAACUCAUUCAAGAGGGAGGUAGAUUUGCUGCUGCGAGGAAAACUCCAGCUGGGAUGAGGAGGAGAACCAGGCUGGGCAGGCGUCAUUACAAGCCAAGGGAGUGAAUCCAAUAGAGAUAAAAACACCUUCGGGCUCACCGCAGAGACUGAAUGCAUCUCCAGUGCUCCUGGACGAGUGCUGGAGGAUUGAAAAUCUGUGGACCAAUAGGGACAGAUCAAAUCAGUCUAGCUAUGUCUAAAUCAUCAGUAAGAAUGAUUGUUUACUGUUCCAUCUGGACCAUACUGUAUGUGAUAGGCAUGAUGCGUAAUAACAAUACAAUUAAAUUAGAAUACCCUCCAGUAAGUAAUGUACGUAUGCAAGGGAAAUAUGGACUUUUGCCAUGGGGUAGAUGGUGUGUAAAGUGACAUUUAUUCUACCACUGAGAGAUUUAUUGCUUUUUUUUAAUCAUGUCACUUUGUAAAUGGAUGGCUUGGGAAGAUUUUUUAAUGCUUUUUAUGGUGCUCACAUUCUGUACAUUGGAUGCAUUUGAAUGAAUAUGAUAAAUUAAACUUGCUGCCAUUAGAUGAUGUAUUGAAUCUCUUUAAUUUACCACAUGGUGAUUAAAAAAUACAAUUCAUUUUUAUACAGUUUUCAGUAAUUCUUUUCAGCUUCCAUGAUUGUUUUUAUUCGACAACACCUAAAUGUGUCAUGCUGUUGAAUGUGAGUCAGACAUGUAUAUGUCCUUUUACAACUAGGCUUUACAAUCUUAUAUUUGUUUUUAACCUCAAAGAAGGUAAAUAAAAUGUGCAUAGUGACUUCAGAA